AUUGCGGUGAAGAGAGCCGAAAUUGCGGUGAAGAGCGGUUGAAAUUUCUUAUUUUUUUUGCCUGUUUUAAAGACACGGCUUCUGCGCGUGCGCCAGGUUCAAUUUUGUACUGAGUUAAAGGAAACAUGGCGGACAGUUCAGAGAGUGCAUGUGAUAGCUCUAGCAUAGGUAAAUCUCGAACUGUUCGGUUUAAAACAAGUGAUAUAUCACAAGCGGGUAUCGCAUCAAAAAUCGAGAAGCUUCUCAAAAGCGGUAAAAAUUAUCGUGGACCUAGGACAAGGAAAAGAGUACAAAACAAAGUUAGAUUCCUUGAUGGUUGUGGAAGACCCAUACCUGUGCGACCCAAGGCCAAGCGUCCACGAAAACGAAUAAAUCGUCGGAAAAAUAAUGCUGAAUGUGACAAUAACAGUGCAGACGACACAUUUGCAUGUGAUGACGAUAUAGUAACUCAAGAUGAAUUUGAUAGUUUAACUAAUGAUCAACAAACAGAGACCCCAGAUGAUAUCCUGAACAACAUAAUUGAAGAGUGUGCACAAUUGUUAAAUGAUGAUCAGCAACAAAGUAAAUACAACUGGAAAAAGAGGAUGACCAAUUUGUCAACUAAUUGGGAGUCAUCUCGACAAAAAAUCUUUGAAACAUGGUUAUCUUGUACAGCAGUUCUUUCCAGCAUUUGCUCCAAAUGCUUCAUCCAAGAAACCAGAAUACACUGCAGGGACUGUGUUCACUCUACAAACCUAUGCUCAUCCUGUGAUAAAGAGGUACAACAAAAGUUCCCGCUACAUGAUAGACAAGGAAUUUACCAUGGUUACUAUAAACCAUUAUCACCUAAACAGUCAUUGAGUGCUGAUGGUAAACUAGAAACUAUAAGUCGUUUAUUUCCUCCACGUUUUGACUGUUGCCCUUCAUGCUUGUCAACUGGAACAAUGGUUCCUGUUCCUACUGAAAGUCAAUGUAUAGUUGUCACUAUUAAAGGAGUUGAAUCUUUCAACAUUAAUUUACAUGAUGAACAAGUAACAGUAGAAACAAACUUGCCUUCUGGUUUGAUACAACAGAUCCUUGAGCAAACAGGAAGAAAAGCGAUAUUGCGUGGCCAUGGUGCAACACAAGAUAGGAGUACAUUCCAUAUUGGAGCCGCUGUUGCAAUUAUGUCCGGUGAAAAUAACGUUCAAGGUGUAAUACAGUUUGUUCAAGUAAGCAUGAUGAUUUUAGGUGUGAUUACAGGAAUAUCUCUAUUAUCAUUAUCUGCAACUCAUGGUUUUAUGGUUAUUAUUUUUAGGUUGAUAAAAAAAAUGUAUAAUUGAUGGUA